AGAAGUCAGUUUUAAAAAUAUAUAACUACAGGAUGUCUGUUUCUGCAAAAUUUCUCCCUUUCCAAAGUAUUUUCACAAGAUCCUACAGUUCUGGAAGUCUAGUCCUAAACCUAAAGAAGUUCUCCUCUGUUACAUUCUCCUCAACUUCACUCUUCUCCUCAAACCACUCAAUCACUUCAUGUUCAUCAAUAUGCUUUACUUCCUAUUCCUUCUCUUCAGGCAACAGACAACUCCACAGUUCCUCCAGACUAUCCUCUAAAGAUUAUUAUUCAACCCUAGGCGUAUCUAAAUCUUCGUCACAGAAGGAGAUUAAAAAGGCAUAUUAUCAAUUGGCAAAGAAAUUCCAUCCUGACACAAACAAGGAUCCAGAUGCAGCUAAAAAGUUUCAAGAAGUCAGUGAAGCUUAUGAAGUGCUUGGAGAUGAAGAUAAAAGAAAACAGUUUGAUGCUUACGGAACCAUAGGUGAUCAAUUCGGCGGUAUGGGCGGUGGCGGUUAUCAGCAGGCGGGUUGGGACUUUAAAUCAAAUGUUGACCCAGAAGAACUAUUUAGAACUAUUUUUGGAGACAGAGGUUCACCUUUUGGAAAUUUUGGACAACAGCAAGCGCCCCACCAGGAUUUUGAUUUUGGACCUAAGGAAUACCAUGUUAAUCUCACGUUCCAGCAAGCAGCUAAAGGUGUAAACAAGGAUAUGAAUGUGACUAUUCUUGAUAACUGCAAGAGUUGCAAGGGGACGGGAAGUGAACCAGGAUCUAAACCAGAACGCUGCCCUAACUGUAACGGUAAGUAUUCUAACUGAAAGUUGUCCCUAACU